AUGAUUUCGAAUUCUUUUUUCAGUGCUGCGUUGACUAUUUUAGCUAUCAAUAGCGUGCAAGCUGGACCGUGUCGUCCAACCUCUGCCUUAACCACUGAGACAUCGCUCACAAUUGAGUCAACCGCCACCGAGACCAUUCUCACCACCAAAGGGGAGACAAGUGAGCUUUCUGUCGCUACCACUGAGAUUUCUGUUACUACUACAGAAGUAACAACAACUGCACCCUUCACUACAACCACCGAGAUCUCUGUUUCAAUCUCUGAAGCAAAUACCUCCUCUGAAGAUAUCUCUACGGCUGAAGACACCACUACCAUGCCCAUUACCACCACCAUGGAAACUCUCCAAUCCACUACAACUUCCGCCUUGGCUACUACAACCAAUGCAGCUUCUGGAGGUGGAGACUCAUGCGUGGACAAUGUCGACUGUCUCUUGUCUAUGAGUCCGCUGUGUGCUCUGGGACUUUGUGUCUGCAUUGACGCAAUUUGUGCUCCUCCAGCCGGCGUCCAGAGCUCGAAUCUUGACUUGUGUACCGCCUUGGGUAUUUGCAGUUGCGUGAACGGUGUAUGCCGUCUGUGA